ACCGCUCCCGUGGUACCCCGCGCGGCGCCGCCGCCGCCGCCAUGGAGCGGCGCGUGGCGGAGCAGCUCCGCAGCGCGCUGGGCCCGCUCGGCCUCGAGGCGCACGCCUUCAAGGUUGGGUGGUACAAUGCUGUUCUCCAGCCAGCCUUCCACCUCCCCUACCCAGAUGACACGCUGGCCUUCGUGAUCCUCAGCACGCCGUCCAUGUUCGACAAGGCCCUUAAGCCUUUUGUGAACAAAGAACGAUUAAAAAUAAUCAGGGAUCCUGUGGAUCAGUGUAUUUCCCAUCAUUUAUCACGUGUGAAGGAGAAAUUCCCUGACCAGAGGGUGGAUGUCAUGUUUGACUACGAGAUGCUGCCGAGCCGAAAGCCCAAGUUCCUGGCACAGACAGCUGCCCACGUUGCUGGAGCUGCAUAUUACUACCAAAGGAAGGAUGUGAAACUUGAUCCUUGGGGGAAAAAGAGGAUCUUUGGUGUUUGUAUCCAUCCCAAGUAUGGCGGCUGGUUUGCUAUCCGGGGUCUCCUGCUCUUCCCAGCCAUUCAGGUGCCAUUCCUGGAACAGCCUGCCCCUGUUGACUGUGUGAGCACGGAGGAGAAGAGGAUUGAGCUGCUGGAGCAGUUCAAUUUCCACUGGCAGGACGGCCGCUACAGGGACAUCAUUGAAGUGAAGGAAAGGUACUCGGAGGAGCAAAAAGCCUAUUUUGCCACUCCUCCAGCCGAGAGAUUGCGGCUGCUGGGGCUCUCACAGGAAGCCCAGAGAAUCGCAUUUCACUGAGAAACCGGCUCCGAGGAGGGCAGAGGGCAGCAAAGGGUAACUCAUGAGCCCUAGCUUUUCCCGGUGCCGAGGGGGAGGAGGAGGAUGGUUAUGCUGGUACAAACCCGAGCAGCCUCAAUGCAAACAUUGCAAUCAGAGCUUCCCAGAGAGAGGGGCACUGCUCCAAGGGCUGGGAGAGCUGGGAGCCGUCUGUUCUGUGCUGCUGCUGAUCGGGGGUGUGCUUGGGGGAGUCCAGUAAGGUGCCAUUAGCCUUUGCUUGGGAGUAGUUUAGACAUCCUGGCAACUCCAAAAUCCGUGCUGCUCAUUAGAGAAAUCACUUUUGUUCUCAAGAAUUUUCUUUCUGACUGUUCUGGUUUUAUUCUUUGUAGGUGUGAAAACAAAAAUUCAGUUAUUGUACUACUUAGUUGGAUUUUGUCUAAACUUGGGGCAGGUACGUUUUCAGAUGUUCCCUAAGGAACACAUGUCCAGUCUUUACAGUCUUGCCUAGGUCACAUUUAAGCAUUUAUCCAUUCAUAUAGCUGACUGGAAUAUUUGGAAAGAUUCUGAGUAAUGUCCAUAUGAUUGGAGGUUUUACAUACAUUAAGAUGACUGACUGAAAAAGACAAUUCUCAUGGCCUUUUCUAAGGUAGACCACAUUUGUGUUAAAAGUAUUUUUCAGUGCCAGCACACAGCACACCCCCCACAGUUACUGCCACAGUUUCCUGGUGUUCUUUAUUUGUGGGAAAGGUUGCAAACCUGCACACAUGUAAAAGCCAUGGCACAAGGCCUUGUCACAUGCACAGGCAAACAAGCACAGAAGAAAUGGAAAUAUUAAUGACAUUAUGUUACCUAUAUUGCUGGAUUAAACAUGUUCAGACAGAAGCAACAUUUUUUACAUGACUUUGUCCUGUUACAUUUGUUCAGAGGCUACAAUGCACCUGGAAAUCAGGAAUUAAUUUCUCUUUGAGCAAUUUGAGGCUCAGAUCUCGUUAAAGUGAUAUCAUACAUUAAAAUAAUAUUUUGUGGGAGUUGUUUUACUAGACUGCAGUGCAAUGUUGCAAAUGGACAGGCACUUUUUUCCUUUUGAUGGUAUCAACACGAUGAUGAAGAAAUACUCACUUUGCAGAACUGAGCCCUUUCUUUUUAUGCUGGGAUUCUUCAAAGCUUUUGGAGACUCCACCACUAAGGCUGCCCUCACCGUUGUUCACUGCUUGAUACAGUUGCCCAUAGUCAGUACACUAACUCAUUGUAAUCCAAAUUCAGGAUAACAAGUUUGCUUCCCUGUAAACAGAGUAGUGAGCAUGUGAUUGCUGGGUUUGUUCACUGCAUUUGCUGUUACAAAAAAGUCCUUGUUGCUUUCCAUGCUUUGGUCAUCUCUGACUAAGGCAGACACCUGACCUAGAAUGUGAUAGAGGUAUUGUGAUGUUUAAUUUAAUGAAGGAAUGAAAUUUGUUUAAAAUCUGUUCUUUUGUUACAGAAUUACUUCUGGUUCAAAUUUGUUUGAUGUUUCAGAACUUUGAAACUGAACUGUAAUUUAACGGGCUUGAGCUAAUGGCUCCUGUUAGUAACAAAGACAAAAUACUGAUUCUCUUAGAAGGAUAAAUAUAGAUUUGAAUCAAAUCUAUCUUUGUACAUUACAAUUUAAAGUAAAAUAUUUUGAUUUUUUGGUAUUGAUUUCUUACAAAUAUUUAAUAUUUUGUCUUAAUUUAUUAAACAGAUUACCAUGGUCACUGCA